CAUUUCACAAUGGAAGGGUAGUAUUUCAGGACCUUUUGAAAUGUGCAGAUAUUUGCACUGCUUGCAUUAAAGGCACGUACAGGCUUAAACUAAGAAAUAAAACUGCACAAAGAAAGUGGCUUCACGAGUCUACAGACUGCAUUCUUUGUAAUCUAUAAACUUCAACAGGAUGGUUAAAACUAAUGUGACAGUCAUCCAAAGAGAAGUGUGAAGCCUGGGGUAACAUUAUAAACACAAAGGAUUGCAUAUCAUUUAAAUUGAUUCCAUUGUAUUAAAUCAUCAUUUAUCUGCAAGAGUAACUAUUCAUUGUGGGAAAAAAUUUGUCUUUCACAGCUGCAUUUUUAAGAGAAUGGCAGACUAUUUUUCUGAAACAGGUUUACUCAACCUGCUUUAUACCGCAGCAAGCAUACUCUUAGCUGGAGCUUUGUUUUACAGAUGGUUACAAAAUGAUCUAAAAUUGGGACUGAAGUCAUCUACGAGUUUAUUUCUGCUAUUUUUUGCAGAACUGCUUUGGAUUAUAGCAAUUCCAGGAUACAGUGGCUUUUUAUUCUUCAGCAUUGCCUGUCUUGCCUUAUAUAACAGUUUGCCUCACUGUAGGAUGUUACCCGUGGAAGGCAAAGCUGUACUUAUUACAGGGUGUGACUCAGGAUUUGGAUAUGAACUCGUAAAACACCUAGAUGCUCAAGGGUUUACCGUUUUUGCUGGCUUCUUAAAUGAAAGUGGAACUGGUGCCAGUGAGUUAAAAAAAUGUUGCUCCAAUAAUCUGCAUGUUUUACAAAUGGAUAUCACAAGCUCAGAACAAAUAGAGAAAGCCUACCAAUAUGUAAAAUCAAAGUUGAAUGCAAAAGGUUUAUGGGGAAUUGUGAGCAAUGCAGGAAUAUUACACUGCCUUUGUGAUGGAGAGCUGCUUCCAAUGAGCACUUACAGACAAGCUAUGGAAGUAAAUUUCUUUGGAGGUGUUGAAGUAUUGAAAGUUUUCUGCCCAUUAUUGCGCAAAUCAAAAGGCAGGUACAUCACUGUCAUAAGUUUAACAGUACAUGUUCCAUUCCGAGGUUACGCAGCAUACAGUGCUUCUAAAGCAGCUAUGUAUACAUAUGCUGAAACAAUGAGACUUGAAUUAUCCAAAUGGGGCAUCAAAGUUGCAGCAAUAGUACCAGGAGGUUUUAAAACAAAUAUUUUUGCUUCAGAUGAAGAAUGGAAUCGUCAAAUAAAGAAAAUUACUGAAAAUGUCCGACCGGAUGUGGUGGGCGAAUAUGGACAGGAUUACAUAUUUAACUGGAAGGACAUAAUGGACAGUUCUAUGACAACAUGCUCUUCAGAUCUCAGCCUUGUGGUGAAUGAUAUUCACCAUGCUUUACUGGCAGAAAAACCCAGUCAUGAAUAUUUUCCAGGAAAAGGUACUGUUAUUUUUCCAUUUAUUUACCACUAUUGCCCUCGGUGGUUCUUUAGUGUGUUUAUGGAUUCAGUGCUAAGCAAGGGUCAACUGCUUCCAUCAGCAAACAGGAAAUACUAAACAGAGAGGUACUUCAAAAUUCAAUGGUUUCUAAAUUCCAAAGGGUCUAAUGAUUUCCAUGAUUUACUCUCCUAAAUCUAUAUAUCGUCAUGUGCCACUACCUGAUACUUAAGUUGGCCAUUGUUGAAAUAAAAUGAAAUUAGUGAAUAAUAUAAUCUUUAACCUUCAGACUAACUUCUUGGAGUACUGAAUAUAUGAUGCAUUAUAAAGGGUUCUGCACAAUGGUAGGGAGGUGGGCUGUUCAUAUUAUUGUUCUUAGCCAGACUUUCUGCAUUCCACAACCCAAUUAAGAAGGAAUAUCUGCAACCCAUCUGCUCUCACUCUAAAUUCAUAUUCCUCAUCUCCGAUUUAAAAAGGUCAACCCCACUCACCCCACCAUAUCCUGUUGCCUCUCUUCCAGUUUUUGAAGUCAAAUUCUAGCCUCCCCUUAAUUUUAAGGACUCCUUAGGACAUGCCAUUAUAAGGCCUACUUUUCUUUUCUUUGGAACUGCAUAUUCAGUGCUUUCAAUUUAUGUUUAUAGUUCUAGUUGUACCUCCACCUUUUUUCAAUGUUGAGUUCAUUUGGAGAACUUUCAAAAGUCUGUCUCUAGAUCCAAUAUUCCGAUAAGGGUAGCACUGCAAAUAAAUAGGUUCAUAGAUUAGUACUAAGCUAACUGCCCUUGCGAGCCAUUUUAAGCCUAGCCAAUUAUCCCUUGUGAGACUCAAACGCUGCACCGUGUGUUUCUAAGGCAAACACCUUAACCAUUAGGCCACCCUCCCAUCCCAAAUGAUUAUGAACCUUGUCUCACUGGACUUUACUAGUAGUGGACCAAAGUAUAUAUUCGCCUUAGUUACUGCCUUACAACAACGGGUGUAUAAUUUAUCAUUGGAAUCAUGAUAAUAAAAUCCACACCUAUCCCUUCUUCCUUCCCCCUUCUUCCAGUGAUCAUUUAUUUAAUUAGCACAGUUGCAUGCACCACAUCUGCUACAUUGUUGUAUAUUUUUGAAUGCAAUGACUGUAUAGUGAUUUUUUUCAUAUUAUUCCUAUCAUCUUAUAUCAUGUUUUCCUACACAUAUUUGCUGCUGAAUAGCAACUGUAGAAUUAACUUUUGAUCUUAACAUUUAUAGCUAAAAUUUGAUUAAUGAUAAUAACAAUAACAUACAAGUACAUGCCAAAUAAUUGACUGAAGCACUUUCAUAAUACGUUUCGUUUUUCAAUAUUCCUGUGACUCUCAAUUGUUUGUAAAAUAAUUACUUUUCAAAAACUGGAACAUCAGUGUGUUUUUAACAGUUACAGUUAUAUUUCCAACUUUUCAUAAAUAUUUAAUGGAAUGGCAUGGACUGCAAAUGUCUUUAGUGCAUGAAAAUGCUUAAGCAAUGUUACUUGAUUACUGGAAAUGCUAAUUGAUGGAUAUCCUAGAAAACAAAUACUUUUUAUCCUUAUUGUGCUUAUUGAAAGAAUAUUUUAAAUUAUAGAAAGGUAUGUGAACUAUUUUUAUCUGUCAAAGAAGCAUUUAAUAUUACAGUUAUAUAUAUUAUAACAACUUGAAAUAUUUCUAAACCUUGUACUAUAUGCACAGAGAAGAAUUAGAUAUCCUAUUGUAAUUUAAAAUAUUCAUGUGGCCCAUAUCUUGAAGAUAAUUUGUUCUGCUUUGGUAGACAUUGACAUACAUUUAUUUACUGCAAAUAAUGACCUGUAAGUUUGUUUUAAUGUGCCUGAACAUACAAUUUUAUAGGUGUUUUAGAAUUCUCUGUAUAUUAAUUUCAGUAUUUCUGACAUUAAAUAUUUUUUUUUAAUUAAU